AUGGAUUUAAAGUCAUUUGAUGACGAUUAUAGAUCUACCCCAGAAAGUUUCCAAUCCCUACCCGCUUUAAAAUUUAAAAAGCGCGAAUUAAGCGAAUUAUGGUCUAAAAUUUACCGUAAAUACACACAAAUUAGGGAAUCUUCUGAUUUAAUUGACCCAAAGAAGGCUGAAACCAUAAAUUUAACGGAAAUUGCACAAAACGUUAGAUCUGCUAAGAGUUUUUAUAGAAUAUGUAUGAUCUCGAUAGAUGAAUCGAUUGAUAAAUUCAAUAAGGCCAAUGAAACCCGACCCUCUUUACCCGAACCCCCACGACCCGAUAAUUCCGUAGCAUUUAAUGUACCACCCUGUGAUAUGCCAACAUUUAAUGGAGAUUUCAAAUCUUGGCCCUCUUUUCGAGAUCUUUUCAAAGCCAUCUAUGGAAACAAUACCCGCAUAAGUGAAGUUGAAAAACUCUUUUAUCUUAAGCAAAAAACAAGCGGCGAAGCCAAAGAAAUCGUUGACGAUGCACCCUUAACGAAUGAAGGCUUUCUCAUUGCGUGGACCCAACUCGUCUCUCAAUUUGAGAACAAACGAAUGCAAAUUAAUGCGCAAUUAAAAACCCUUUUUAAUUUACCCUCAGUAAGCACCAUGUGUAGUGCUUCUAUAAGAAUACUACAGAGAAAGAUCAAUUGCUGUAUUGCAAAUUUAAACUCAUUAGAGAUUGAUACGGAUAAUUGGGAUCCUAUCUUUAUAUAUCUCUGUUUAACGAAACUACCCAGGGAAACCAGAAGAGAAUUUGAAAGAACUCUUCAUGAUUGCUCUGAAAUGCCUUCUUGGACUGAUCUAGAUUUGUUUCUAACAAAUACAUUUAAAGAACUUAUAUCUGUCGAUGAUCUUCCAGAUACUAGUUCAUACCCUAACCCAAACCCAAAAACUAAACAUAGAUCAGAAAAUACAAAUCACAAUCACAGAAAUUACAAUGUCAGUAGUGUUACCCAUGAAAACGAUACCCGUGACAAGAUAAAGCCUCAACCCAAACAAAAUCUCUCCUACCCUACCCAAACCCUACACACUAAUAAGCCUAAUGGCUCAAUAUGUACGCUUUGUAAUGCUACACACACUUUGAGAGAUUGUCCAUCAUUUAUUUCAAUGGAAGUAAAUGACAGGAUAAAUUUUGUAAAAAACAGUGGAUGUUGCUAUAAUUGUUUGGCUAUAUCUCAUGGCGUCAAGGAAUGCACUAGUUCAUUCACUUGUAGAUACUGUGGAGGUAAACAUAACACAUUCCUUCACAGACCCAAUCAAAACACGAGUUCGAACCCUAACCCUACAGACGAACAGCCUUCGGUGUCAUCUCAGAACUCUUCACAAUCGUUUUCUACUCUGACCCAUCAUAGUGAAACAUUAUUGGACGAUAGGAAGAAACUACUGGGAACAGCAGUUUUGAAUAUCGAAAUUGAUGAUUCUCUAUUACCCGCACGAGCUCUUAUAGACCCAGCAUCUGAUUUCUCGUUUAUUUCUGAUCAGUUUAGACGUAGAUUACGUUUACCCACCAAACCCAUAAAAGCUGAAAUAUCAGGUUUGAACGAAGUUGUAUCAGCUAGUUCAAACCAAAUGUGUGAAGUUACUCUUAGGUCCAAUACCCAAAAAGAGUUUAGUUUAGAAAUCCAAGCGAUAGUGAUCGAAACGCUAACUAGAACAUUACCCACCCAAAGCAUAAACCCAAAUGUCAAAAAAGAUUUAAAAAAUAUUCAGUUAGCAGAUCCAAGGUUUUACGAAAGUAGACCUAUCGACCUUAUAAUAGGAAGUGAUUUCUACCCACAGAUUAUAAAAUCUGGUGUUAAGAAUAAUAUUCUUAACACACUUUUAGCUCAAGAUACCAAAUUUGGUUGGAUCUUGACAGGACCUGUUGAAGAGACUCACCAUACUCGAACCCAACCCCAAACCCAAAGAGUAGUUUCAUAUUUCAGCUCAGUAACCCAAAAUAAAAGUUCAACUCAAGAACGCAGUAAGUCUGUUGAAGAAACUAAAUGUAAAGAUAUUUUCUCAAAAACAACCCAAAAUAUACCCGAUGCGCGUUAUCAAGAGCUUCGCACCCGUAAAUUUAAGUUGAAAGAGAAUAAUGUCAUAAAGAACUCAAAAACAAUGGUAGAAGCUGAUAACGUGCUUCAAGAAUGUGUUGAUCUAUGUCACACGAAACCCACCCAAUUCAAAAAAGAUAGUUCUUCAACGACUUGGAAUUGUCUACCCCAUCAUGCUGUUGCUACACCCGAUCGUUUUAUGACGAAUUUUAGUUUCAAUGUUUUGAGCGAUACCUUGAACGAUAACAGCUUAAUUGACGCUUUGUACCCGAGUCCUACUCUAAAGAAUGAAUACCCCACAGAGUUAAAUAAAGGAUGUUGCCAGGCCCGGGAGAAUGUUCACAUCUGUGAACACAUGUGCAUGUCCAACCCUGCCCUCAAACACAUCACACCCACAUCAACUGCAACUAACUUCAUGUGA